GAGUCGAGUCGACUUCGAGUCCCGCGCCAGUGAUCUCGCGCGCGUCGUACCGAGCGGGUCGUCCUUGCCGUCGUAUCGUUCCGAGCCGCCUCGUCCACCGCUCGACAGAGAGGCGAUCUCUCCGUGCUCCGAUCCGUCCGUGAGGAGCGGCACCUUUUCCACUCGUCUCUCCGCAACCCCUCGUCGACCCUCCGCCGUGUCUCACAGGCGAACGAGGAUCGAUCCAUCUGUCUCUGUCAGUGACACGUGCGUGGAAUAAUGGAAUUGUUGUGGAAUUGUCGGCGGCAUUUGUGAUGAUUAAAAAAAAAAAAAAGAAGAAUGUUUCGCGCACACGCGAUUCGAUUACCUUUUAUUUACCGCGCACCGGCGCGGGCAGGGAGCUCGAAGCGAUCGGCCGCAAAUCUGCAGUGCACCGGCGCGAGGUAGAUUUCCACGGUUGCAUUUUCGUAUAUGCGGGGGAAAAGAGAUUCAGCGCGUUCCUCGAUCGCCUCGAUCCGUGAACAUCGGGCUUUAAACGCGCGCGGGGCCCCGCAGAUCCGCGUCGAGAGAGAUAAAAGCGGCGAAGUUAUGCGGCUCUCCCGUGGCCGCCGCCGUUCUCGCGCGCAUACCGGGUGUCCUUGCGGAAUGAAAGUACCCGGUGAAACGUGACCUCUCCGGUUCCAUGUAUGAGUAAUGCCCCGGGCUGUGCUUAGUGCCGCGGCGACGACGACGGCGGCGUUGCGAGAUUCCAGCCGACUGGUCACAAUCGAGUGAGGAAUGCGCUUUUCUAUUAGCGAUCAUUAUCAUAAAGACACGGAUAAACACCUAGAUCGGGAGAACGUGAUAAUAUCGAACGUGCGUCGCGAUCGAGCACACAGGAAAGCGGGGCGGCCACGUGAGAUCCGGUCCCAGGAGGACGUAGGAAAAUAUGAGCAUUUUGUGAAGACGGGAAGAUUUUUUUUUAUCAUGGAGACCGAGGAACUCACCAGGCUCGUCGACGAGAUCUACAAAAACAUCUUGGAUAAGUUCAAUCCUGGCGCAAGGCAGCUGAUCAACGCAGGCAAGGCGUACCUGAAAGCUCUUCACGGUGCUGCGGCGGCGUCGCGAGUUUACGUCGACGCUUUGUCCCGAUUAGCCCGUCAAGCUCAGCUGGGAACAUGGGGCGGUUCGAAGGAUGUGGGUUUCGCGCUGAUGAGAAUCGUCGAGGUGUACAAGGAGAUCCAGGAGCAGGAGAUGAACAUCUUGAAAGCGUUCUACGUGGAUCUGUUGGUGCCUCUGGAGACCAACCUGGAGAAGGACACGAAAGUCGUCCAGAGCGAGCAGAAGAAGUUCCUUCAGCAGCACAAGACCAGAUCGGAGACCUACAGCAAGGCGGCAGCAACCAUGAAGAAGCAGAGAAAGAAGUCCAGGGCGACGAAUAAGAGCGGGCUCGCCAUGGACAAGGAGCUGAAGAACAUGCAGAUCCUCGAGGAGGAGAAGAGCAAGCUCGACGCCUUCUGCGAGCAGAGUCUGAAGAACGCGAUGACUCAGGAGAGACGGCGAUACGGUUUCGUGCUGGAGCGACAAUGCUCCUUGGCGAAGCACUAUGCGAGUUUCCACGAGGUUGCACUAGCCGCGCUUCAUCCCUCGGUUGAUAAAUGGCGCGAGGUCGCCGCCACCAGGGAAUACUUGCCCCAGUCGGUGGAGGACAUGUUCGCUUCCAGGCUCAGGCAAGCGUCGUUCUGGCCGGAGGACGAGGAGAACGGCGGCUCCGAGCUGACGACGAUGAGCUCGCAAUUGCGGAAGACCCGGAGCAUGGACAGUUCGUGCCUGGAGCUGCGGCUGGGCCCGCUACCCGGAAACCCGCCGUCGUCCAUCGGCCACCUCGGCCAGGCGCACCAUCUCCCCGCCGCCCUCUCCAGAGCGAGGUCGGAGGCCAAUCUGCACGCCUCGACAUUAUCCCUCGGCCCCGAGGUUCCGGAGACCCCACCCCGACCCCGAUCCAUGGCACCCCCGACGUGCCGUAGCAGCGUCGGCGGUACCGGAGUCGGCGCCGGGGGUUGGGGGGACGCCCCCCUCGCCAGGGCUCUCUUCGCCUAUCUCAGCUCAGGGGAGAAUCAGCUGAGCUUUCUGGAGGGUGAUCUCAUCGCUCUGAUGGGAGACCGUCAGAAGGGAUGGCAAUUUGGCGAAAAUCUGCGCACUCAAAGCACGGGAUGGUUUCCCUUGGCGUAUACCGAAAUUAUAAUCGACGACACUUUGGGAAUAAGGCGGAUGAGUUUGAGGUACAGCGUUUUGUUUCUAUCGGUCUACUUGUUUGUUAACUUAAACUUUACACACUCGACCGAGACUUUUGAAAGUCUCCUGGACUAACUCCCCGCGUUAACAUUUCCGCAUACAUUGCGCUAUCCAAUUAUGCGAAGAUCGCCGAGUCACGUUGCGAGCAACGGCAGGACUCCGGAACCGCAGGCUGUACCGCCGUGCAAGCCGCCGUCCUCUCGACCGCCGGUCACGCCGGCGAGUAUCGACGAGCCAUCCGGUGGAGGAACCCCCGGCGCCGGCAGUGGUUCCGGCAACAACAGCAUCAACGCCAGCAGCAAUAACAACGGCGGCAGCAACGUCGGCACGCCGACCAACACCGGGACCAACGUCUUGGCGACUCCGACCGCGCGUCAAUCAAAAUCGAUCCGUCCAUCGGGCACGCUGCCCGCGGUGCUGGCCGGCGGGCGGAGGGUGCAGCCGCCGGUGCCGCCGAUACCGCCGCCGGCGAUGACGUCCCUCCACAGCAGCAAUGACAGCGGCUUCUCCAACGAGCCCCCGGUGCAGCCCGACGUCGAUUAUAGCGACGACGAGGCGUUGAGACGGCGCCGGAAGCCGCGAAGCGGAGGCGACCGUCCUUCCCCGAGGGACGAGAAGCAGUCGAAGGACUGGGAGAAUGAUUCCUGGAAGACGAUCCCGCGGGACGAGAAGUCCUGGCAGCUGUAUCGCACGGCGAUGGACCUUUGGGCGGAGUCUAAGGCCAAUCAGGUGGGCGAGGACACGAAGAAGUACUACGAGAUGGAGAACGGCGACUUUGCGUUGGAGAACGGCGACGUGGCGAAGGAGAGGAAGAGCAAGAAGGCCGCGCAAAUACCGAACGAACGUCCCAGCCCGAAUCAGCGCGCGUCCAAGAUGACGGACGAGCGGGGUGCUCCCGCCGCCACGCGCCGCGGCGGCGAUCAGCGACGCGUCGACAAGCGGACGCAGGCCGAGACCGAGGAGGACGAGCUGGAGGAGGACGAGGAGGAGUUUGAGUACCGCGGCAACAACAAGUACUACGCGAACAAUCAGGAGGCUCAACAGGAGCGAAGAGGAGGUGGAGGUGGAGGUGGAGGGGGUGGUGGUAACUUCGAAGCGGAGAAGUACGCCAAGUCCACGAGCUCGUCGUCCGAUUCCGACGACGAGAGCACCAUCACCAUACCGGAGCCGGGCCGCAAGGUCGAGCACAUAGCACAGAAGCUCGAGCAGACCGCGCAGAAGUACGCGCGCGAGCACAGCCCGCCCAAGUUCCUCGAGCGUCGCGAGAGAUCGGCCGCCGCCGCUGCCGCGGGUACGGAGUACAAGAGCCUCGAGAGAGAGGCGGCGGCGCGCGAGCGAGCUCGCGACAGGAACGCCAUGGAGUACGGCAACAAGAGCUUAGAGCGCGGCGGCGGCGGCGGCCAGAAAAAUCUGGAGCAGGCCGCCCGUCGCACCGACGACAAGGCCUGCCGUCCGCGGGACGAGCGCGAGAAGCGCGCGCGGGACGACAAGCGGAGCUCCCGCGAGGACAAGUCGGCCGGCGGCUUCGAGCGCGCGAGGGAGGACAAGCAGGGCGGCUACGAGCGCGCGAGGGAGGAGAAGCAGAACUUCGAGCGCACGAGGGAGGACAAGCAGAGCUUCCAGCGGUCCCGCGAGGACGCGCAGUCCUCGUACGAGCGGGCUCACGCUCGCGCCAGGAACGAGCAGCAGCAACAGCAGCAGCAGCAGCAGCAGCAGCAGCAAGAGCGCGCGUACAAAGAGGCGAUGGGUUACGAGCGCACGUUCGAGAAGAACCGUAACAGGGCGGUGGUCGAGCGACUGUCCAGCCGGCGAUUCGAGCGGCCGCGGCCGCCGUCGCAGGAGGCGCCGGAGCGACCCCCGAUGGGGCCCUACCGGGAGCGCCGGUACUCCGACAAGGAGGAGGCGAUUUACGGGGAGACGACGGCGGCCCGAUACGGGUUGGGCUCGCUCGAGAGGGACCGCGGGUACGAGUCGAACUUCGAGACGAAGCUGGAGAGAACGAAGGUGAUCGAGAGACACGGUUACCAGGCGGGCUUGCACGGUUCGGGCCCGCAGAAGCGGAACGCCAUGCCGAGGGCGAACGAGCGGAGCAACGGCGACACCAACAACAACACGCUGAAGGUCGAGCGGAAGCCCGUCCUGCCGCGACAGGCGACCGCGAUGGGCCAUCUCGCGCAGACCGGUAGGGCCUACGACGAAUCUAGGAGCCCGAAGCUCGUGAAGAGGACCAAGUCCUUCUGGAAGUUCCGCCGGGACUCCGAGGUGCUGGAGGGUAUGGCGCUCUGGCAGCACCGCUCGCUCGUCGACAUCCCGAAGAUGAUCCGGAAGGAGGACAAGACCGCGGAGAACGAGGAGCGGCAGAGGAACUCCGAGGGCGGUAGCCCGAACUCGAGUCUGGGCAACAGCGAGGGCACCAUCACGAACGAGCACCGCCACGAGGGCGGCGAGCCCAAGCCGGCCGAGAGGAGCCACCUGCCCGACAAGACGUCGGACUACUUCGAGGAGGACUUCCCCACGCCGGCGGAACGCUCCAAGAUCGCGGAGAGAUCGGAGUACAGGAUUCAGCAGGAGGAGCGCGCGUAUUUCGUUGGGAACGUGUCGCGCAAGGCGAUCAUUGAGAAGGAGCGGCGGCGCAGCCUCGAGGCGAAGCGAAACAUGAUCGUGGCCGAGCUGAAGGAGAACAACGAGGGCAAGCGGCACGGCGGGAUGGCGCGCGGCAGGAGGAACUACGACGAGGAGGACGCGACGCUCAACUUCAGCGAGACCGAGGCCUCCGACGAGGAGUCCACGUAUAGCUGCAUCGUCGUGAAGGACCAGAGCAUACCGGAAAAGACGUUGCUGCCGAGGACCAAGCUGAGAAGAGAGUCCGACCGGGACAGAAAUAACUGCGGGCCCUGGUACGAUCUCUGGGGCGCGGACGCGUCCGUCAACAAGAAGAAGAAGAAGCAGAAGCAGCAAUAAAUGAAGAGAACACGCAGUUGAGCUUUAAAUGACGAUGUACUUUUUUGAGCAGAGAGAUGAGGGCAUCAAACGAGAUGUAGCAAAGAUAAAAGAAAGGAAAAUCGAUGUUUUGAAGAAGGGGGGAAAGAAAAAAAAAACAACAACCGACAUUACGCUGCCAUGCUUGUGAAAAACGAUGAAGAAGACGAAGAAGAGAGAGACUUCCGUUGCAUGACUAACAUAUUCGCGACGGUGAAGCUACGAAAGACGAAGACUAACGACCGCUCGGCGCCAGCGCUCUCAUGAGACAAACUCUUUCCCUAGAUCGCACGUCUCUUGCGGUCCAGUAGCGACCCCGUGAUCACGCGGGUGUGUCUCUCUUGUUGAACAAGUUCCUUCGUCCCGCAGCUCUCCAUGCGAGACGAGAAUCGAAACUGCCACGCGAUUAUCUGUCCGUGAAUUUCUCUUUCAAGGUGAAAAUACGGCGCUAACCCUUUCCGUAUCCACGCGCCGUAUAAACACAUCACAUAUGCGUAAAAAAAAAAAAA